AUGCCCGUUGAACAACUUGCUUCACCAACACCCAAGAUAUGGUGGUCCAAUGCCAUCUUCUUUGUUCUCGUGCACCUCGCCGCUCUGGCUGGGUUUAUCUACAACCCAAUAUGGGAAGCUCGGCGCCCUACCCUUCUCAUGGCCUUUUUAAUUUGGCAACUGGCAGAUUUUGGAAUUACCAUUGGCUAUCACCGUCUCUACUCUCAUAGGGCAUUCUGCGCGUCUCUACCCGUCCGCGUUGUGUUAGCGAUUCUGGGGUCAUCGGCCUUCCAGGGAUCCAUUAAGUGGUGGUGCCUUCGACACAGACUUCAUCAUUUCAUGAUCCGUCAGAUUACUUUUCCAUACAUGAAAUUCGUAUUCACCGAAACAGGUUAUAGAUACGCUGCUACCCGAGGUCUCUUUUACUCCCACAUGGGAUGGAUAUUUUUCAAACCUACAUACGAGCGCAUGGGGCUCGUUGAACGUGACGACCUCGAAAAAGAUCCGGUUCCUUUGGCACUUGCGUUUGGUUUUGUCCUCCCAACCCUUCUCGGGUCCCUUUGGGGUGAUGCUAUCGGUGGCUUCAUUUGGGGAGGACUAGUCUCGCAUCUGUUUACACACUGGAAUGGAUUGCAGCCGUAUUCCGACGAAGACACGUCGAGAGGAAGUCUUAUUCUUGCCCUUUUGACGGGAGGAGAAGGAAACCACAAUUUUAGAGAUAUGGCUUACGCGUCUGUAAAGCAUGCUUUCCCACAUGACUUUCGCUCUGGGCCAUCCUACAUGGACUGGGACCCCACCAAGUGGAUAAUCCUUGGUUUAUACCAGCUUAAGCUUGUCUCUAAAUUGCGGCGAGCCCGAGAAGACGAUCUCGUUGAGGCAGUGCAGCGCAUGCAUAAAAAAUUGUCCGACGGAGAGGCCGAACAAGAGUUAGACAGUUGGUAUGGCGAAACCUGGAGAAUAAAACAACUUGAGGAGUAUGUCGAGGUGAAAAAAGGUGCAUGUGUCGUCGUGGUCGAUGGAUUUGCUACAGAUGUGACUUCAUAUCUUGGCGAACAUCCUGGCGGAGCGAGUAUCAUGCGAAAAUAUUCCUUUCGACCUCGGGACGACGACAGCGCACUUUCGAAGCGGGCAAGUUGGGCGUUUCACGGUGGGCUCAACAACCAUUCCUGGGCCGCGAAGAAACGCAUGCGAGAAUUGAGAAUUGCCAAGAUUGUAGAUUAG